AUGCUCCGAAUCAAAAGCCCGUAUUCACAGUGCCUGGGAGGUCUGAGACGGCUCACCGGCAGACCAUUUGCUACUAGUCGCAGUGUUGGGUUGCGGCAAUCACAGGCGGCGCCGUCUCAACCCGGUAGCGCCACAUUUGGCGCCUCGCUAGGGCGGUUCGCUGCAUCGGCUCGUCGCGCGGCAACGUUCACAUUCUACUCUGCACUAGUUAUUGGUGCCCUUGGGUUCACUGGCGUUGCUACGUACUAUUUUGCACAGGAACUUCUGCUUCCGUCGUCUGAUGUUCAGGUGUUUCAGCGGGCGUUCCAUCUGAUUGAGCAAGACGCCAAGUCCAGGGAACUGUUAGGCGAGAAGCUCAAGGCCCACGGCGAACAAACCAACAACCGGUGGGCACACAACCGGCCUAUUGCUUCAAGACGCAGUGUUGACCACUACGGCAGAGAGCACGUGGUCAUGCAGUUCCAUGUUGACGGUGAAAAGAACACAGCCCUCGCCCGGCUAGAGCUGAUUGACAAUGCAGGCAAAAGAGACUUUCGCUAUCUUGUACUUGAGAUCCCUGGCCACGGACGCCACUAUUUGAUCAAUGAAACGCCAAGUAAACCUAAAGGUCGCGGCCUCUUUGGCAUUCAAUGGGGCCCCAAGAAGAACUAG